AUGGCAGUUUUUGCAUCGAACGAGGCCUCUCUUGCAGAGUUACCCAUUGACUUCUUCAAUUCUCAAAGUUCAGCUUUCAAAGUUCAGUUCAGCCUCUUGAACGGCAAGAAGCGGAAUGUUUUUGAGGAGACCUGGACCCAGAGGGCCAAGGGACUGACCAGGGCACUUCCCUUCCAGGCCUACCAGGACCUCUCGGCGUUCUUCAUCUUCAGCAUGGUGUCCGGCCUCUGGCUGGUGAUCAGCAAUUUCUGCAAACGGCGCCUGAUCAUCAACCACACCCGGGACGUCUACCAGUUCUACAUCCGGGGCAUCCUGUGGCAUGAGGGGCCCCUGCACCAGAUCUACGUCCGGACCGUCAGCCAGCGAGACGCCUAUGGGAAGCUGUUCUACAGCCUCAUCAUCAACGGCUACCGCCUGGAGGUCCUCACCCUGGUCCGCUUGACCAAGAACUAUGAGCUGGUGGACACCCUUGGACGCCGCAUCGCCCGCUACCUGAACCUCAACUAUUUUGAGUAUGAGGACCUCUCCAUGCUCCACGUCGUCCGCCAUUUCCCCCCCGAGAUCGAUGAAGAUGAAGAUGAGGAUAUGUCGAUAGUGUAA